CGCGUUUGUUAUUAUUUGUGUACAGGCAAUGCUGAGUGUCGUGGAGUUUUAUUUGUGUGGUCAGUUCUUUGAAAUUCAGCGUACGAAAGGUUUUCCUAUUGUAGAGGCUGACAGAGAUCUAUCUCAACAAUUAUUAAGAAUUUAUGAACGGAGUGGGAGUUAUGUACCCCCAUGACACAUUCUCUUACUGCGAAAUAGAUCGAAAAAAAUUGACUUCAGAGCUAGCGGAUACAGUGGACGGUAGGAAACAAGAAUCGAGACAAAAAAGUGUUUGAAUUUGAAGCGCCAGAGCCAUCUAGGGACUUAAAAGUAAGUUAUCCAUCUAUUGAUAGUGAUACAAAAAAACAGAAAAGCAAUUGUGGGGAGGAGAUAUUGAAACAAAUUGAUAUGGAGGUGAUUUCAUGUGCAAAUCACAUAAAAAAUCGCCGAGGAAGAUACAAGCAAAAAAAGAAAAAUGGAAACCUUAUAACAAACUUUCAUGGAAAGAAAAACUAGAAUUGGAAGAAAGAGAAACAAGAAGAGCAAAUAGAAUUAGGGCAGAAUUGGUAGCUCAUGGACUACCCCUAGCACCGUAUAACACCACACAGUUUCUGAUGGACGACCAUUACGUUCAAGAGCCUAAUUUUGAAGUAAUAUAUAAUGGACACAGAAACAGCCAUCAUGAUUACAGUGGAGAUUCAGAUGAAUUUUAUAGCUCUCCGGAAGAUGAAGAUGUUUUUUUACAGAAGCAAUUUUCAGAAGUUUACGAUGACAUUCACGCGGAACGUUUGAAUUCUAUGUCAAAAAACGAACUUGUUCGAGAAUACAUGCAACUUGAAGAUCGUAUCGAAGAACUUGAACUGCAGCUGAAGGAUGCAAAAGCAGAAAGUAUUUCGUCAGAAACUGUGUGUGAUGGGGAGGCUCAAACCUCGGAGUUCAAUGAAAGAGAGCAGUUGGAAAAAAUAAGAAUCUUCCGUGAAGAGAUAAAGCAACUCGCUGAGGAAAACGUGCUAUUACGAAAAGAAAACGAAAGAAUGAUGAAAAUAGCAGGCGGCAUUUCGAUUUCAUAAGAUAACUUGUAUAUUGUAAAGUCGUUUUAUUUGUAUAAAUUUUCUUGGCUAAAAAAUGGUCUAAAAACAAAACAAUAACUGCAUUCUAAAAGGAAUUGAGAAUAAGAGUUAACAUAAGAAUAUUAACAAUAAUACAUAGUGUAAAAUAAUUAUAUUGAUCUAGAAUAAAAUUUUAGUUUACAAAUG